GGGCAGCUUCAGAGCCGAAAACAAAUCACCCGAGCCUCUCCUGGACAGAAAAGAAGACGGAAUCUCCGCCGGACAGAGUUUUUAAUCGGCUCAGAACCGCCACGGCCAUGUGUUUCUAACGUGUCCGGAGGUGAUUGUGAGUGACAGAGACCUGAGACAUGAUGGCCAGUGGAGUUGAUAGCUGACACUGUGGAACGAGAGAGGAUGGAACAGACAGACAGCUCUGCCCCUGAGACUGUCAACCCUAAUGGGUUUGUCAACCGAGUGUUUAAUGUUUCUCUGGAUGUGGAGAAUGAGACAAGCACUGUUUAUAUUCUGGAGACUGGGUCAGAGCCUGCACGGGGGCAGGGGGACACCCAGGCUCCCCCCGCACAGACCCCUGUUAAGGACAGACAGGAGGUUAACCGGAGGCCUCGUGCCACUGGGGGCAUCUGGAAAAUCUUGAAUCGCAAGAGAACUGUCUCUGAGCUGGAGAGGCGACCGCACUCCAUGAUCCUGCCUGGGGAGGCUUCCGUCCCUAAACUCUCAUUUACUGACAAAGUCCGCUCCUUCAAAAAGCUUAAGUCCCCCUCUGUAUUUAGAGGGAAGACUGGGAAAUUGUCCACUGCCAAGUUUAGCAGUUCCUUGGUGGAUGAAGAGACUUUCUGCCAGGACUUUGGCACUCCACAGCAGUCCAACAGGGACACACUUAGACAGCAUGGCAAGAGACACUCAUACGCUGGUUUCACAGCUGAGUUUGAAUGCUCUUUUGAAGACAUUGACCUGUCCGUUCCUAUGGACGGCCACCAGCCCACUGUAAUUGCAGAGACUAAGACCCAGAAUGGUUUUAAACCAUCAGAGAGAGCUUGCUACAUUAAACGAGGCAUCAAUAAUUCAAACAACUGCAACAGACCUGCUGGAUGCGAAGAACUCAAGGUUAAGGGCAGCCCCAGGAUCCAACAAGGUGCAGGACAGAGACGCAAAGAUGUGUGGAGUUACCUGAGGAGGAUCUCUCUUUUGGGCAAGGCCAAUCCUGCGUAUUCAGAGAGGAGCUUUGAAUCUGAGCUUCACUCUUUGGACAAAACUACAGACUCAGAUUUUGGCUCAGUUGACUUUGAACAUCUCAAUGACUUAAAGCCACCGCCUUCCAAAAACUCUGACACCAAAGGGCACUUUGGGGGACUGUUCAAGUUUUUCAGCAGUGUUGCAGAAACAGCUAGAAAAUGGAGGACAACAUCACGCUCAUUCUCUCCUCCAGAGGGAGUGAGGACUCCGUGUAGCUCCCCACAGGCACCGCAAAUUUUGGAGGACAGAAUUCUUAGUGUGUCACUAACACUUAAAUCCCAGGAUACUCCAUCGUCACCCAUAACCGCUAAAUCUUCACAGAGCAGUAGCUUGGACAGCCAGGAUCCAGCACCUGUGACAGGUGGAUUUUCCCCUAAAGUCAUCUUGAAAAGGGCAUCCUCUGGAUCUCAACCUGUUAAUGGCCUUCAGUGUUUAAGUUCUAAGGAUACAGAUAGAUAUGAAGACUUACAGACUAACCACAGGUCCAGAGCCAUUGAUGAGGAUCAGAUCCCCCAAUUAGGUCCAGAGAUGGAGCCUGAAAAGGAAGCUGGGUUUGAAAUGGAUCCAUUAAACUGUCUCUGUCUCAAGGAAAAAACUGAGGGACCAUCAGGAAAUGAGCAGGAUUCCAGGGAUGAUCCACCUGACAUCAACCAGAUACAGGAUGCAAUCAUCCAGUCACAGCAAGAAGACAAAGAGAGCUCGACCAAUAGUGUGCCAGCAUCAGAUUCCACUGAGGAAAUAUUUAAGGCCUUGUCUCGCCCUCUGGGUGUAUCACCAUUGGAGCCCCCACUCAGGGUGUCUCUCCAGCGGUGCAGCUCUCUUCCUCUUCCCCCGAGCACUCUCACUGCCCUGGCACUGCUCCUGCCUCCGUCAGACAUGGGUCAGUCAUCAUCAGUACGUUUGAGGUUGGGAAACUCAGGUAGCUGCAGGAGGAGGCUGUUAAGACCUGGUUCAGAACCACUGCAGGUCAAUAUAUUGAUAAGUGGAGGUUCAGUCGUCAACGCUGAGGCGGUAUGGGACCAUGUGACCAUGGCCGACCGGGAGUUGGCAUUUAAGGCUGGUGAUGUCAUCAAGGUGCUAGAUGCCUCCAACAAGGACUGGUGGUGGGGCCAGAUUGAUGAAGAGGAAGGAUGGUUCCCUGCCAGCUUUGUACGGGUGGAACCUCACCCUCCUCAGCCCCAAACAAAACAGGUUUUCUAUAUCAACCCCAUAGCAACUCCACGGUUCCAAAACACCACAUCAAAGCUGUGGGUGAACCAGGAAGACGGGGGAGCGGAGCCAGUGGAGGGGACCAGCGAGGUGCAGAAUGGGCACCUGGACCCGACCAACGACUGCCUGUGCCUGGGCUCACCCCUCCAGAAUCGAGAUCAGAUGAGAGCCAACGUCAUCAAUGAGAUCAUGAGCACAGAGAGACACUACAUUAAACACCUGAAGGACAUCUGUGAGGGCUAUCUGCGCCAGUGCAGGAAGCGUGUGGACAUGUUCAAUGAUGACCAGCUGAAGGUUAUCUUUGGGAACAUCGAGGACAUCUACCGCUUCCAAAUGGGCUUUGUUCGAGAUCUGGAAAAACAGUACAACACGGAGGAACCUCAUCUUUCUGAAAUUGGACCUUGCUUCUUAGAACACCAAGAUGGUUUUUGGAUUUAUUCUGAAUACUGUAACAAUCACUUGGACGCCUGUAUGGAGCUGAGCAAACUGAUGAGGGAUGGCAGGUACCAGCACUUCUUUGAGGCUUGUCGCCUCCUCCAACAAAUGAUCGACAUCGCCAUAGAUGGCUUCUUGCUCACCCCAGUACAGAAAAUCUGCAAAUACCCACUCCAGUUGGCUGAGCUUCUCAAAUACACUGCACAGGAGCACAGUGACUAUCGAUAUGUGGCAGCAGCCCUGGCAGUAAUGCGGAACGUCACUCAGCAGAUCAAUGAGAGGAAGAGGAGGCUAGAGAACAUAGACAAGAUCGCACAGUGGCAAGCGUCUGUCCUGGACUGGGAGGGGGAUGAUAUCUUGGACCGGAGCUCUGAGCUAAUCUACACAGGAGAGUUGUCAUGGAUCUAUCAGCCAUAUGGGCGCAGCCAGCAGAGAGUCUUCUUCCUGUUUGAUCACCAGCUGGUCCUCUGUAAGAAGGAUCUGAUACGUCGGGACAUCCUGUACUAUAAGGGGCGCAUCGACAUGGACCGCUACGAGGUGCGGGACGCUAUAGACGGGCGUGACGAUGACUUCAAUGUAAGUGUGAAAAACGCCUUCAAGUUGUGCAACAGAGACAGCGAGGAGAUCCACAUCUUCCUGGCCAAGAAGCCGGAGGAGAAGAUCCGCUGGCUCAGGGCCUUUCACGAAGAAAGGAAGAUGGUGCAGGAAGACGAGAAAAUUGGUUUCGAGAUCUCUGAGUACCAGAAGCGGCAGGCAGCUCUGACAGUGAGAAAGGUUACCAAACAGAAAGGUGUAAACAGGUGCACACCCCCCUCAUACCCGCCCCCCCAGGACCCCCUCAGUGCGGGGCAGUAUGAGGUAACGGAGGACAUGGCACAAGGAGAGGUUUUUGAAUUCAGUCAAUCCAAAAGAGGCCAGGCUCCUUUCUGGCAGAAUUUUAGUAGAUUAGCUCCAUUUAAGAAAUAGAGACUUUUCUGAAGGACCAGCUAUUUUUCUUAGAAGCACUAAAAACACUGGAUAAUCAUGUUCCAUGAUGAAGAAUAUACUAAACCACACAUACCCAAGAGACUUCGAAGGACCAAUGCUACUGCAGAGUGUGACUGGAAGUUGUGAGAGGAUUGAAGACGCGGAUUUUACCAAACAAAAUGGAAGAAAAAAAAAAAAACAAAUCUUCACAAUUCAUGCUGUAUUUGUUAGUAACAUUCUUGGUUAUCAUGCUUCUCCAGCUCAGUCAACUGUCACGGAAGCUUUCCCUUGGAUUCUGCAGCACUCAAGAUUACAUCAUCUGAAUGUUCCGGAGUAAUUAAGAUUGUUAUUGUAUGUCCGUCCAUCACUUGCACAGUGGUGGACCAGGCGACCGGCGGCGCCAGCGCGAGCUCUUCGACCUGCCUGCCUGCCAUCACUUGGAAAGAAACAAAGUCUCACUCAUUGUUACAGGACCACAGUAGGUUGUUCCAAGUUGUAUGGCUGAGAUAUUUGCUCUGCUGCUAUGUGAGAUUGCUUGUUGCAUUCUUCUGAAUGUGGAUUGAUUGGCUGUGGCGUCUGAAGGACCCGUGAAACUCGACUGUCAGCAUCACCUCUGACUUGCGUCCAUCUUUACGCUGAUCACAGGCUUGUCAGGUCAUCGCUGCUCUAUUGGUGUGUGCGUCUGGACCUCCUCAUACUGAAUAUUGCUUUUAACUCUGUCUGCGCUGACUCGUGCUCCGUUCACCGGGUGUCAUGUUCACAGUGUUCUCCUCUCCUCUGUCACUCUCUGCCUCCCUCUCCAUCGUUCCACACACCCGCCCAGUGGUUUUUAGAGGAAGAAGCUCAUUCUUUUGGAAUCCUGCCAUUGACCGUGAUACAAUGGGUCAAGGAGCAAGUCAAUAGUCAGAACAUCAAUAGACCGCUUCCAUCCUUUCACCAGCCACUUUUGACAGGGUAUUCAUAUCAUUAUCCGGCUGAGGGGCUGCUGACCGCGUUUUCCGGAGCACUUGUCACUCAGAUGACACAUCUGGGAGCAGAAGAUAGGCAGACUACAGUCCACCUGUCAUGUGUCAGAGCGCUACACCCCCCCCCCCCCCCCCCCCCCCCCCCCACCACCACCCCCACCUCCCCUUCCCUAGAGACCCACCCUGCAGCACUGUGCUGGCAGCUCGUGGGAUAUUUGCACAGAGCACAGCCUACCUCUGGGAAUCCGCUCAGACCUAAAGUGAGUUUGAUUCAUUGGCUGAAGUCUAAAAGAAUCCCUCUUUUUCAUGUCAGCUGUUUAAAAUAAAAAAGUCUUCAGUGUGCUUAAUUAUUUUGUCACUCAAAAAAAAAAAAAAAAAAAACGUAUUCAGCCUGAAGAGUAGUGUUGUCUUAUUUGAGGAAUAAAUGGUCUGUUAUACCUACACACGGUGUGCAAAAGCGAAACAGCCAAAAUAAGAAUUAAACAUCACCAAGCUGAAAAUUGGGGAAUUGAAAGUGUCUGGCACAAUGCUGCAGGGUGCCGGGAAGGUGAAUUUGAACGCAAAGCGUGCAGGCAUCCUCUGACAGAUUCAUGCAUCUCUGAAGACCGUCACUUGCUUUCCAAAUCUGCAGCUAGCGCAUCACCAUUAGGGGAUUUACGAAGGACUGUGGCCUGAUCCACGCAACGUGUUUAAUCCACAAAAUCCGCACAGCUGCUCCUGCCACACAGCAGAGGUCUUAGACACGCCGCACAUCAUGAAGGUGCACUUUUUUAAUUAUUAGUAUUAUUAACAGGUGGAAUGUAAGUGAGACAUUGGCAGAGUUUGUGAUCAUAUUUGGACCUCAGAUUCAGAGCUUUUGGGUUGAAUUAUAUCAUCUGAUGAACAGUGCAUAUACAGUAUGACAAUUUGUGCAAUGUGAUAUAUCAUCGUAUAUCUUCACUAUUCAACGCCGUGAUACGAAAGAGUUACAUAUCGUUCUCUGUCAUUUGUUUGCCUUCUUACAGGCCUUAUAACCUUUCGGAGAGAGGAACAAAAAGACCUUUAGAAUUGCUUUGUAUUUUGUGUAAUUUAUGUUUUGUUUCAGUAAAAGAAAGUUGAGAAACGGCAAGUCGGCUGGUGGUAUCUGUAGAGACGUUGGCUCCCAGUGAGAUUGUUGUAGAAGUUAAGUCCCAUGUCUGGCACAGCAAAAAGAUAUGGUUCCCAGGCCAUGAUAACUUCAGGUCCCGCCCAAUCCCCCUACUCCACGCCACCGCCAGUACCAACAUACAGAUGCAAGCAUGCAGGCAAACACAUGAGCGCACAUACACACGCACACGCAUUCGCACUUGCUGGCCCGUUGUGCUGCCGAGAAGAGAGAUGCUAUCUAACAGUGCCUUCAGCAUUCCACUAGUGAUUAUCUAUUCAGUUUCACAAGCAGAUUUGAAUUAUUUAUGUGUUUUUCCUUCUCUCUCUCUCUCUCUAUCUCUAUCUAUCUAUUGCUCUCUGGGAAUUCCGUCAUUCCCAAGCAUGUGAAAUCCACUUGGACACAAGCGCAGAGGUCAGGCCUUUCUUCCUUCAGAGCAGAUUCUGUGCUGUGUGACUGAAACACUUCAAAAAGUUCAAAUUGCAUCGCACCAACACAGCCAGAAUUCCAUUUUGUUGCACAGAGCAAGAAUUCCGUUCUAAUUUGAGAUGCUUAGAUAGAUAGAAUUCUUUUAUGUCAUCUAUUUAAUAUGCUGAGAGGUCACUAUGGUUUAAUUUGAAUAUAUAUUAGACAAGAGGUUUUCAUUAGUCCUUUAGGUUUCACAUAUCAAAGUUAAGUAUAUUAUUAGCAGUGAGAUAUAAGUCAAAAGAAGAAGAAUCUAUUUUAUCUUUAUCAGCUACGCACUGUAAAUACUGUAAAAAGGACAGAUCAUAUAUUUGGAUAUUGGUAUUUUGCGUUGGAGACGAAUGUUGUUCCAGUUCUCGCGUGCGGUAGACCUCAGUACCAGGUAAAUGCAUGCUCGUGGCAUCCAAUAUUUUGCAUGAGACUUAAGACAAAUCCUAGACCUGUUCCGUUUCAUAUACUUCCAAAGUCGGAAUCGUUCAUUUGUGAGCCCAUGCCAUCUCACAAAAGGGAGUUUUUGUUUCCUGUAUCCACAUGUCUGUUACUCAUUGCACAUUAGAGCUCGUAACUAUUUGUUAUUUAUUAUCGAAGUGAUGACGAUGCGGAAUGAAAGACUGAGCUGUUGAAAUGAAGGCACUGAUGCUCUCUUACCGUAAUUCCUAUUUUUAUUCCACUACAGCCUGCAUUGUCAUCGCUAUACCUGCUGGUCACAUUUGGAAUUGACAGCAAAGACAAAACGGGUAUCAAUUUUUUUCUACGGUAACAGCGAACCAAAUAGGCAUUGAUUGUGGGUGUCUGUUCUGCCGAAUCCCAGUCAGGUGAAUUAAGAGACGGAAAAUGCGAAAUAUGUUGGGAUGAGACAAACAAAAAAUAUUAAAAAACAAUCCUAAAGACACAUACCACGUUGGAUUUCACAUCAUGCUGUCAUUUCUACUCUUCAGCGUAAAAUAAUUCUUUGAAGUACAAAGAUUUCAAUGUGCAAAUUGUUUCCUUGUUUUAUAUUUAUUGGAUGCAGUGUCGGAUUUUGCCACUUGGCAGCACUGUUUAAGAGAUAUGUGUAUAUAAGUUCUUUUUUUUUCCUGACAUAAUUACUGUAUUGACCUUGGUGUGCCAGCGCUCUGGGCACAUUAGAAAAUGACUCCUUCUGACAAAACCGAGACACUUUGUCCUCAGAUUAAUUUAGCUAUUUCUCUUGUUUCUUCAUAGGAUCUGUAUAUGAGCUGCUAACAUUUAGCAUAGUAGCAUCUUUUCGUAGGAUUUCUUUCACAGUCCAGAUGAGCCACAUUUAAUGUGGUUUUUAGUGCCAACAAGGUGAUAGAAGACUGAAAUCCUGCUUUUCAAAUCACAUUCAUUGUAUAAAACCAUGUAGAUUGAGGUCUGGAUUUGAACACUUAGUCCAACUUUUGUCACCAUUAUGAUCAUUUUGUCAUUUUAUUUUUUGCUGACAUAUGAGUUUAUUUGAUGUAGAAAUCAAAAAUCUAACGAUUAAUGCCUAUUCAAUCCAGAAACUGUGAAUGGGAGAGUGGAGAUGUCAACUGUAUGUACAGUACGUUCUAUGUUUUGAUGUAAUCAGAAGCACUGGGAAUAUGUUGUAUUUCGCUGUUAAAAAAA